UACAAUACACACCGACCCCGCAAGGAAGAUACCUCCCCGUCCACGCGACGACACAAACCCACCACCACGUCCAGGCCGGCCAAUUCCGGCGCCAUGGCCGACGACGACGACGACGCUGUCCUCUCCGACGUCGACGAGGACCCGCUCCCGCCUCCCUCUUCCGCCCCCGCCCGCAAAACCCUACCACAAGCCCAGCCCCAGCCCGACGCCCAGGCGCAGCAGCGGCGGCUGCUGGACCUGACCGCGGAGCUCGAGGAGGAGCGCCGCCUCCGCCGCGCCGCCGAGGGCUCCCUCGCGGACACCGAGAACCGCUUCGCGCGCCUCAAGGCCUUCGCGCAGGACGCGCUCCGCAAGCGCGACGAGCUCACCGCCGAGGCCGCCGCCUCCGCGCGCUCCCUCGCCGCGCUCCAGGCCGAGUCCGCCGCCUCGGCCCGCUCCCUCGCCGCGCUCCAGGCCGAGUCCGCCGCCUCCGCCCGCUCCCUCGCCGCGCUCCAGGCGGAGGCCGCCACCGCCGCCUCCAUGCUCUCCUCCGGCUUCGAGAGGAUCUCCGCCAAGGCCUCCCCUUCCUCGGCGCCUGCCCCGCUCCCGACCUCCCAGAAGUACUCCGCCGGCCUCCCCGCCCUCGCGUACGGCGUCCUCAAGCGCGCCAACGACAUCGUCGACGACCUCCUCGCCCAGAUCGACGCCGCCAACCGCGACCGCGACCGCGCGCGGGAGCAGAUGGAACAUCGCAACUACCAGAUCGCCAUCGAGGUCUCCGAGCUCGAGGCAUCGCUCGCGUCCAGGUCCGCCGAGUGCGAAUCCCUCUCCAAGUCCCUCUCGCAGCAGCAAGCCGAGAUCUCCGAGCUCCGUGACAAAAUUGUCUCUCUCGAGGGGAAGCUCGACGCGCAGAGGCCCGUGCUCGCGGAGCAGAUUGGCUGCGCCUCCAAGCUUUACGAUGAAAUCCGGGAGGUGGUCAAACUGGUUGAUGCCGAUGCUGCCAGCACGUUGUCAGACUCGGUUUUUGUGUGGAAGGAGACAGACGUUGAGGAGAGCCUCAAGGUGUCCCUGGAAGGGACGAAAUUGGCCUAUGAGCUUGCGGCAAUGGCCUUGGAGAAGGUUGGGGCAUGCAUUGAUGACAAGGAGAGCAAGCUGAGGGGUUUAGAGGACAGGGUGGAUGAACUGAUUAAAGAGAAGGAGCACAUUGGCGUGCUGCUCCGGAGUGCACUACAGGCAACUACAAGCGAAGUGCUAAAGGUUGCAGAGGAUGGGUUGAGGGAGGCCGGCAUUGAGAUUGGACUCAACGAGCGAAAGGAGCACAGGCCAGGGAGUGUGGAGAAGGACGAGGUCUAUACCCUGGCAGGGGCACUAGAGAAUACCAUGAAGGAGUCCCAAGUUAAGAUUGUUGAGCUUGAACAUCUUGUUGAAGCACUAAGGGCGGAGUCUGGCCUGCUUAGAACAAGGCUGGAAGGGCAAGAAAAAGAGAUUGUCCAGCUAAGAAAGCAAAUAAAACACCUUGAGGAGAAGGAAAGGGUGGCAAAUGAAAGUGUUGAGGGCCUGAUGAUGGACGUGACAGCUGCUGAAGAGGAGAUUAAAAGAUGGAAGAUGGCAGCAGAGGAGGAAGCUGAAGCUGGUAGAUCUAUUGAGCAAGAGUUCCAAAUUCAGAUCUCAUCUCUUAGGAAGGAACUAGACGAAGCAAAGCAAGCUAUGGUGGAGCUUGAAAACAAGCUGAAGUUUAAGGAAGAGACAGCAGCUGCAGCGAUGGCAGCACGUGAUGCCGCAGAGAAGUCACUAAAGCUAGCGGAUAUGCGAUCAUCCAGGCUGCGUGAGAGGCUGGAAGAGCUUAACAGGCAGCUCGAGGAAUCAGAUAAUAGAACCGACUCAGUCAGUCGCAAUGGCCAUAGGUACAUGUGCUGGCCAUGGCAAUGGUUGGGACUGAACUAUGUGCGGUUACCUCCUGCAGAGACAGAUCAGACAUCCAAUGAGAUGGAGUUAUCUGAACCCUUAAUAAUAUAGGUGUGACAUAUUUAUACAGUCUACAGAUACAGGUUCCGCUCCUUCAUUUAGAGAAGGGGAAUGGUAGAAUUUUGUUUUAUUCGUGUUCUUGUGUAGUUGUUUUCCCAAUUUGCUGAUGCUUGUUUGGUGGAAAACCAACGAGGGUGUCGGAUGGCUCCGUGUAAUUGUAAAAGUUGAUAUAGUGAAGAUGCUGGGAUUUCCAUUCUUUGGCAA